CACCUACUCCAAUCAGAAAAAUGGCAGGUGCUCCUGCUGAAUAUCCUCCAGACCAAGGCAAAAAGGGUGGGAAAAAGAAAACUCCAGAAGAAGUGAAGAAAACUUCUAAGGUUGCUGGCAAAAGAAAAGCAGAUGUCAGUCCUGCCAAGAGAAAUGCUGGAAAGAGAAAAAAAAUACAAGAAGUACCAUCAGAUGAACCAUCUCAAGAUCCUACUGAUGAAAGUUCUACUGACAGUGAUGAUGAUAGUGAAGAGUCAGUUUAUAGAGAAGAAGCAGAGCCUGUCAGUGAGGAUGAUUAUGAGGUGGAGGAAGAGGAAGAAGUAAAGCCAAGGAAGAAACAGGCAAAGAAAGGGAAUUCAGUGAAGGCAAAGGCUGAAAAGCAGGAGCAAAAGAUGGUACUGUAUGAUGAAGGAAAGAUUGAAGGUAGGGGAAAAAAGAAAAUGAAAACUGAAAUGGUUCAAGCAAUGGAAACUGAUGAAGUUGAGGAAAUUCAGGAAGAUGAAUUUGAGGAAGAGAAAUCUUCAAAGAGAGGAGGACAUAUGAAGUUCAUUGCAUGGAUAAAAAAGAUGACACCUACCCAAAAACAACAACUUGUUGAUAUAGGGUUAGUAUCACUUCUUGACAUUAGUUUACCUCAACUUGAUCAAAAGUUCUGUAAUUGGUUAUUGGGAAGUUUUGAAGAAAAUAGCCAGUGUUUUGAACUACCAAAGAAUGAAAAAAUAGAAAUUGAGGUAGAGGAUGUUAGGGUAGUUUAUGGCUUGCCUACAGGAGAAAUUCCAAUUGUUGAGCCAAAGUCUGAUAAAAUUAGUGAGGAGUAUGCAGAAUUUCUGAAGAAAUGGAGAAAAUCAUGGUCAGGAAAAACUCCAUCAGUGAGUCAGAUUGUGAAUGGAUACAUAAAUGAUAAAUUCACCAACAACAGACCACCAAGUGAACAUUUCAUUACUAACUUUUUAGCAGUGGCUGUGAACUGCUUGAUGAAAUGUGUAUCAAACAAUCAAUGCCAUUUCAAAUUUCUUUAUUCUAUGAUGGACAAAGAAAACAUAAAAAAUUUGAACUGGUGUCAGUUUGUAUAUGACUCACUUAUCAAAUGUCAUGUUGAUUGGAGAAAGCAGCAAGGCAAGGGGUUCUACAAAGGCCCUCUUCAAUUUCUGAUGUUGUUCUAUUUUGAUAGAGUUCAGAGGUUAGACAAAAGGCCUCCAAGAACAAUUCCUAUCAUAUCUGCAUGGAAUAGAGACAUGGUUCUUGAGAGAUUGAAGAUUGAAUUAGAAUUGGGAUUUGGGAGAGGGAAAAUUCUACCAAGGAUUGCUACAGAAGUUGAAGAAAGUCCUAAAGUUAUAAAAUGAUCACUUUUGUUAGCAUAAAUGUUCAUUUGUAUAAUCUGAAAUGUUCAACUGCAUAAUUUUUAAUAUUCAUUCAUAUAGGUUUUUAUGGAUGAUUUUGUUUCCCUGGUAAAAACAACUUGUUCAAACCUGUCAAAUCUUUCUUCAAAAUUGGUGAAGGCAAAGGAUAUCUUCCCUGGAAAUGACUUGGUGAAAAAAGUUGAUGAAGUUUUAGGAAAGGUGGCAGCUAGGGAACCAUCAAUUCUAAGCCAAGAUGAAGAAUUCUUUGGCAGUGAGGAUUUCCUAAAUGCACUUGCACAAGCUGAGAAGAAUCUGAUGCAAGGGUCUGAAAAGCAAACAACUGAGAAGCAAAUGACUGGGAAGAAAUUAACCAAAAAGGGAAAGGAAAAAGAACAAGAAUAUGACAUCAGAAAAGCUUUCAGCUUGGGGUUGACUCCACCUUCUCCAGCCAUUGAAACAGGGCCCACCUCUUCAACACUUGGUGAUAUAAUUGAACAACCAAUAAUUUCAACAAAUGCUGGAGAAAAGGAUGUGGGUAAAACUUCAGCAG